AUGGAGUUUCUAAAUCGCCAGUUAUCUCAAUUUUGGAACAGAUGGAGGAAGGAAUAUCUCCUAGAGUUAAGAGAAGCUCAUAGAAUUCAUUUACGUAAUUCACCUGGCAGAUAUUGGAUUCAAGUGGGAGACAUUGUAGUCAUACAUAGUGAUGAGAAGAAACGAGGUUUCUGGAGUGCUGGGCGUGUAGAAGAGUUAUUAACUGGUAGAGAUGGAAAUGUCAGAGCUGCUGUAGUGAGAGUUUGCGCUGGUUCGAGACGAUUUAAACUACUAAGGAGACCCAUUCAAAGAUUAUUUCCAAUUGAAGUCCAUCGUGAUGAUCAAGGUGAUCCAGAGUUAGUUGAGGAAAUUCAGCUACCACCAUCAAAUGAAGUAGAAGACAUCACUAAUAUUCCAUGUGAUGAUCUAACAGUUGAUGAUAGUCCAAGCGAGGAAAUUAAUACAGUCCAAGAUUCGGUUAGUUCGGUCGUGAAUGAUGACGAGGAAUUAGUCACUAAUAAGAGGCCUAGGAGAGCAGCUGCUUUUGCAGCACGAGAUCAUAUUAAAGCACAAUCACUGAUGAUUCUGCUAAUUAAACCUGUUAUAUUUGCCUGUCAUUUUGUAGGUGGAGACUGGAUAUUCAUGGAUGCAUUGACGGCUAUAGCUGCAGAAUAA